ACAAAACAACCAACGGCAGCCAGAGAGGGGGUGGGGCUUUAAUUGACUAUAACCCAGGUAGACCUACGACACAUCCCGCACUCCAAAUCUGAAAUCAAAACCAACUAAUCACGGAAUAUUAUAUUCUCAAUCAAAUCCACCACUUUAGAAAAAUCUUCAGAAACACACUACGAACACGUUUAAACAUAACAUUUCAAUAUUUAAAAUAUAAAAAAUAAAAAAAAACGAAAAUCUAUAGACGACCAUAAGUAUUCCCACCCACGCGCCAACGUCAUACCAUUACCCUCUCUCUCUCCCUCAUUCCAUGACUUUCUCUCUCCUCCUUGUCUCCACUAUAUAAGCCUUCCCCCUUCUCUUCCCUCUCUCCUCAACCCGCUUUGAAAAGCUUAAGCACGUGCAUUACACUCAUUGUAUAAUCUCUUUUCAAAAAAUUAUAUGGAGCAGCUGAUUAGAAAGAAGCGAACCCGAGUUGACCCGGAUGCGUCAGAAUUUAACUUACCGGAGGUAAAGAGACUCAGAGAAGAUCUCUUAGACGAUCUCGACGACUCCGAGUUUUGCACCGCAACUCAGGAUUUCGACUCGUUCAUGAAGAGUUUCGAAGAAGAAAUCACAGCUUCGUCGGCACCGCCGGCAGCGGCAACGGCGACGGAAGUUGUUGAUUUGACGGCGGACUCCGAUGUAUCUCAGCCGGAGUUCGGGUAUCUUCUGGAAGCUUCCGAUGACGAGCUUGGACUUCCUCCACCGGCGGCGUCGGAGAUUGAGUUGAUCAGUAAUGAGUUAUGGGAACUAGAAGAGCGAUUUCCAAAUUACGACUCGUUCGAGUUGGGAAUCGCUGAUUUGGUGGACUAUAAUAAUGCUAAUAAUGUUUGUGAAUACGUAGCGUUAGAUGGAUUGUUUGAUCAUUCGGAUCUUAGUUUCGGGUCACCCGAUUUUCUAUGGAGACCCGAGACGUUACCCGCAAAAUAGAACUUGUAGAAAAUGUAAAUCUCUUCUUUUUUUUUUUCUUUUAUUUAUUACUAGUAUUGUUUAAUUUAUAAGAUAAAAGAAAGAACAAGGUACUAUACAAAUUUGAUGAGCUGGGCAUCAUAAAAUCUGGAUAUAAAUUUAUAGGAAAAGAGUAAUCAGCAAUAUUUUGGAAGAUUUUGUUUUGCCUAAUAUUUAUGUAGUUGAAAAAGCGUAUUCGAAAAAUUAUUUCAAGCUGAA